UUUAACUAGUGGUAGAGUAUGCCAUUAAACUAACAUGUCAUUUAAAUUCAGUUUGGAAUAUCAUCUAAAGUAAAGGGGUUUGAGCUGUAAACAUUUAACAUUUGAAGUGUGUAAAAAAAUAGAUAUUAUUAUUAUAAGACAAAUACAGAUAGGUUUUGGACAAAAACUACUAGAGAUCUUGUAUUAACCCUAAGUAAAGAAAAAAAAACUGGAUAAAUGUGAGAAACCAUUUUUGAUGACGCGUACAGUUACAGGCUAUAUAUUGAGUGAAGCUCAAAAUUCUCAACAACUCUCAAAAACUCAACAACUUCAGCACCGGACAAACACACAAAACCUUCGUUCCCUAAAAAGGUACGUUUGGUUCAUGUUCUUUAAACAAAAUAUCCAUACUGCUUUUUGAAAUCAUGUUGAUGUAUCUCACAAUGUACCAAAUAUUUUAAGCAGAUAUCUGUAAUAUAACUGAAAAUUCUCCCUUUUUUUUGUACAGAUACGUUCUUUAUUUCCAUAAAGAAGACAAAUCCACCCUAGAGAGCGAUGGCAGCGAUAGUUACCGGGCUCAUCCCAAUCCUCCGCACUGCAGUGGACUCCACUGCCACCUAUAAAGGUCGCACCAUGUGGUUCGGUUUGCUCUGCAUCCGCCUAGUGACCGUCUUUCUGGCUCAGUUUCCAUGGAAAAGCUUAAAUGAGGAUUUCCACUGUAACAGCAAUGACUCCUUCUGCAUUAAAGCUUGUUUUAAUAAACACUUCGACAAUUCUAUAGUGAUGGCGUGGCAUUUCCUCUUUAUCCUACUUGUGCUCUCGGUCCUUCUCAUGGAGAUGUUUUCCUCCCAUAUUCGAUCUUCAUUCCAGAAGAAGGAGAGAGAGAUGGCAUCUCAAAGCGAGCAGGGAGCUGUCACUGAUCCCACCAUGACUGUUGGUGGUAGGAUGAUGAUAGACCUCCACAAAAGCAAAAGCAGUGUGGUGGUGUACCUGUUCAGCAUCAUGCUGCGAAUUGCAGUGGAGGUUUUGUUCGUGUACGUCUUGUUCUGCUGGGUUCUACCUAAACUGAAUGAAGAGUCAUACCUUUGUUAUGCACAAAAGUUUGGUAAAUGUUCAGUACAACAAUGUGUGGUCCGAGGGGCAGCAGAAAAGAGAAUGUCUGUCUAUGCGUUACUGUUUAUGUCUGCCCUGGUAAUUAUAACAAGUGGCCUGUUCUGUCUCUACUCAAUAAGCCACUAUCUCUGUAAUGGUUAACAAAAGGUUUCCAUUUAACACAAGCAUAGUAAGUAGCUUUAAUGCAUCUGUAUAUAAAUUGUGUUUUUUUUCUCUUAAAUGCUUUUUUUAUGGCUUACAGAUGAAUAUUGUGAACUGUAUUGACUGUAUUUUAAUUCAGUCU